AUGAGUACCGAAUUAAAACAACGGAGAACCGUGGUCGAAAGUGAGCCCAAACGACACGCUGGCACUCAUAAGAAGAACCAUCGUCGCCAGAAGAAGGUGGCCUACAUGGUCGACCGAUAUUCAGUUGCGCUAUCUUCGAUACUUUUAUUAGCACUAUAUGUGAUCGGCUGCUUCAGACCUGCCUACACUUACAAGUUCACUCACUUGCAAUACAGAUAUGCUGGAGCUGACGCGUACGACAUCGGUAUCGAUGACACGUACAUAGUGAUUACAUUUAUCGUCGCUCUGAUGCUUGUGAGAUCUUUCCUACUUGAGUUCGUUCUGAAGCCAAUUGCAUUGUACAAAUUUCACAUCAAAAGUCAAAAGUCCCAACAGCGGUAUGCCGAGCAAGGCUGGUCUCUUUUCUACUACAGUUUCUCAUGGCUUUUCGGAUUUUAUCUCUAUUACAACUCACCUUAUUUUUUGAACUGUGAUCAUAUCUACCUCGGUUGGCCUCACGAUAGGUUGUCUGCCACAUUUAAGGUUUACUACCUAUUACAAAUUGCAUCCUGGUUACAACAAAUUGUUGUGUUGAACGCAGAGGAAAGGCGCAAGGAUCAUUGGCAAAUGUUCGCGCACCAUAUUAUCACAUGCUUGCUAACUACGGGAUCUUACUACUACUAUUUCACUAGAAUUGGGCACGUUAUUUUAAUUUUAAUGGAUAUCGUUGACGUACUUUUGUCUAGUGCGAAAAUGCUCAAGUACUGCGGUUAUACCACUGCUUGCGAUUACAUGUUUGCGGUUUUCUUAAUUUUUUGGGUCGCGCUCAGACACGGUGCGUAUAAUUAUAUCUUUUAUCAUGCUGGUACAAAAGCACCUAGCCUAAUGGCUAGUGGGCAGUGUGGAUACUAUCCUAAUCAAAAAAGGUGCUGGACCCCAUUCAUUAUUGAUGUGUUCCUCUGGUUGCUCGGAGGAUUGCAGGUGAUUACGAUCAUAUGGAUGGCAUUGAUACUCAAGGUUCUUGCCAAGAUUAUUCGGGGAGGAAGUGCCGAAGAUGUGAGGAGUGACAGCGAAGAUACCGAAUAA